CUGUUACAUUUUAACGCAUAUUGUUUUCAAGUCUUAAGCAGCUGCUUAUCGCAAGUAUAGCGUUAGUGAUCACUAGGCUGUGAUACAGAACGGACGUUUCAUUGAUGGCUACAUCGGAUUUUGUGCUGGGUGGCGUGGCUGCCAUGGGAGCUUGUGUCUUUACCAAUCCCGUGGAGGUGAUCAAAACUCGCAUCCAGCUUCAGGGAGAGCUGGCCGCCCGAGGAUCUUAUGCUCAGCCAUACAAGAGUGUUUUCCAGGCUUUUGUGACUGUGGCCAAAAACGAUGGAAUUCUCGGCCUGCAGAAAGGAUUGGCUCCUGCCUUAUGCUUCCAGUUUGUAAUAAACUCGUGUCGAUUGAGUAUAUACACCCAUGCAGUAGAGAAGGGUUGGGUCCACAACAGCAAAGGCGAGAUCUCCUUUCCAAAGGGCUUGUUCUGGGGCGCCUUGGGCGGCGUUGUGGGCUCCUAUUGUGCCAGCCCCUUCUUCCUGAUCAAGACGCAACUUCAGGCACAGGCAGCCAAGCAGAUCGCCGUUGGUUAUCAGCAUCAGCACGCCUCGAUGAGUGAUGCGAUUAGGAAGAUAUACCGGAAGAAUGGCGUCUUUGGACUCUGGCGAGGAUCUUUGGCCAAUGUCAACCGCGCCACUGUUGCCUCUGCCGUUCAAAUCGCAGUUUUUGGCCAAGCUAAGAGUCUUUUGAAGGAAAACGGAGUGGUAGCUCAUCCCACAAUCCUGUCCUUUUGCUCUGGCCUAGCCGCUGGGUCAUUUGUGUCGCUGGUAAUCACUCCAUUGGAUGUGAUUACCACUCGUCUUUACAAUCAGGGAGUUGAUGCCCAAGGUCGGGGCAUUUAUUACAGGAGCUGGUCGGACUGUGUGCUUAAGAUCUUUAGAUCGGAGGGGUUAUAUGGGUUGUACAAGGGCUUUUGGCCCAUUUAUCUGAGAAGUGCUCCAUAUUCCACCUUGGUGCUUUUGUUCUUUGACGAACUAGUUGCCGUUAGGGAAAAGUACAAUCUUCACUACUAACGCAAAUUAUUUGAAACG